CACUCUGAAAGAGAGCUUCACAGAGCGAGCUCGACCAAGAGACAGAACUUUAAUCUUUCAUUGAGAUGUACCAAAGAAACCUGUCUAGCAAGAGAUGGAGAUACCUCCUAACAGGUAGGGACCUCUUGUAAUGAAGACUUGUACCUUGAAGAACAAUGAAACAUAUUAUAUCAAGGAUGAGUAUGUACCUCCCAAAAUCAUAGUCUUGUGUCUGUGUUUUGUGUACAGAUUGACUGUCUACACUACUUAUCUGAAUCAAUACAAUUAAUUUACCUGAAGUGGAGCAGUUUAGAAAUUAAAUUAGAUACAUAGAUAGAUAGAAAAAAGUAAGAUCUAAACAAACCUACUAUGCUAACUUGGACUAACUCAAUGAUUAUUUGUGCAUCUACUAUAUAUCUUGCUGCAUAUAUCAAUGCAUCACUAAGGGGGUGCUUAUCAUGUAGUUCGGGGGAGCUGAACAUUGACAAUGUGUAGGAUUUGUUCUAAAACAGUUAUAGAAAAUCCAUGAUAUUUUUGUAAACCUCUGAGAAAUAACGUAAACAUUGUUAACAAACUGUGAAAGAUGAAUAAGACACAGAGUUACUCACUAUACUGUGAAUUGUUGGAAAUUUAUCAGGGACUUGCAUAAUUUAGGUUGAUGUAACCGAAUUAGAAAAAUUCAAAUCAGUUGUGUUUUUAGUUCAGUCUUAGAGGGAACCUUGAGGCACUACAACAAUUUAAUUGGAACUGUUGCCAGGAGGUCUACACUAAGCCUAUCAGUAGCUCUCCAUUCACAAAACGGAUUGAGAAGCUUGUAUAUUUUUCGCAAGCCUUUUUUAUUAAUGAGUACCAAGAGGGCCAGUGGUACUCCUGUCUGAAACAGUCUGAGGUUUCUUCUUUCACAAAUCUGAGAGCAGAGGGAAGACAGAGGCAGAGCUAAAUGGAGCUGGAUAGAGACUUUUGUGUUAAAAAGUGUUUCCAAAAAAAUUUAAUUCUAAUUACUUUGCCUAUACCAAAUAUUUUUCGUCAGCUUUUUUUUUUUAAAUAUAUGUAUCCUACAAAAGUGAGUACACCCCUCACAUUUUUGUAAAUAUUUUAUUAUAUCUUUUCAUGUGACAACACUGAAGAAAUUGCACUCUGCUACAAUGUAAAGUAAUAAGUUUACAGCCUGUAUAACAGUGUAAAUUUGCUGUCCCGUCAAAAUAACUCAACACUUAAUGUCUAAACUGUUGACAACAAAAGUGAGCACACCCCCUAAGUGGAAAUGUCCAAAUUGGGCCCCAAGUGUCAAUAUUUUGUGUGGCCACCAUUAUUUUCCAGCACUGCCUUAACCCUCAUGGGCAUGGAGUUGAAAUGCCAGUGUGGGCCUGCAGCACUCAUGCAGGCCCACACCAAGACACUCCCACCAACAUGCUUGACUGUAGGCAAGACACACAUUUCUUUGUACUCCUCACCUGGUUGCCGCCCCACACGCUUGACACCAUCUGAACCACAUAAGUUUAUCUUGGUCUCAUCGGACAACAGGACAUGGUUCCAGUACUCCAUGUCCUUAGUCUGCUUGUCUUCAGCAAACUGUUUGCGGGCUUUCUUGUGCAUCAUCUUUAGAAGAGGCUUCCUUCUGGGUUGACAGCCAUGCAGACCAAUUUGAUGCAGUGUGCGGCGUAUGGUCUCAGCACUGACAGGCUGACCCCAACCCCUUCAACCUCUGCAGCAAUGAUGAUGAUUUGUGAAAUACAAAUUCCCAGAACACAAGCUUUAUUUUGAUGCCUCGAACACCAUUUCAGUCCAAAUAAGGGCUUGUAUCAAGCCUGUGAUAAAUAUAAGAUCAUUUGCUGCUUCCAGCUUUGGUAAAAACUCUUUCCUCUUCCAGCAUGUAAAGGUCUCUGGGAACAAAAAAUCGAGGUCCAUGCACAAAUUGUUUAUUAACACUCAUACAGAUGUACUUGACUGGUCUAGACUGUGCUCAUGAUCUCAGUCUCUUCAUAAACCAGUGGGACAAAAAUAGAAAAUAUGCAAACUCUGAAAAUGGCAAUAGCUUAGAUAAACUCAGUAACUUGCCCUUUGGUUAGUCCCCACUCAGGUCUCAACAUGAUUUUUCUCACUUGUGCCAUUACAAAGAGAAACCAUAUAAUUUGCAUAUCAGGCUGAUUCCACCCAUAAGGAUAAUCCAGAACUCGAAUGCUGGCAAGUUCCCUCUGCACGUGAGAUACAGCAACCUCGGACGAUUGUUUCGACCUUCUUUGGUAAUCCAGAUGUGGACCCCUUGCUAAUAGUGACUAGAGGGGUAUUAGCUUUACCUCACUGACAAGGCCUAACAAGGCCGAAAUGAUUGUUCCUGUAUCUCUCUUGCAGGGAGAGCCGGCCUGCAUUUCAGAUCUGAACCGCCCUUUUGGGUGGGAUCAGUCUGAUAGGCAAAUGGCAUAGAUUCUCUCUGUGACGGUACAGUAUGGUCUAAAACUAGGUUGAGAUCAGAGCAGGAACCUAGUUGUUUUUUUUUUUUGCUUUCCCUAAGUUUAAAGGGUAAUCAAAAUAUGGAUCCCUUGCUCACAGUGUCUAAAAGGGGUAUUGGCUAUACCUCAUUGAUGAUGCCUAACAAGGCUGAAACAAUCAUGUUGGGUUGCGUUUCGGAUCUAGACCGGCCAUUCGUCUUAUAUGCAAAUGGAUUUGUUUCUCUUUGUAAUUCCACAAUAUGAGCUAAAACUAGCUUGAGAUCUGAGUGGGGACCCACCAAAGGGCAAGCUACUUGAGCUGUUAUCUGUACUCAGUAUUCUCUUGCACCCUUUUUUUUGGCUCUGGAUAAACUGGAAACCUGAUUGCAAGUUAGGGCCUAUUGCCCAACAUCAGUGCUUAACCUCACUGAUAUACUUGUAAUAAAAGUAAGCAGCUCCCUUCAGCAAUACUCCAACAUCUAGCGUAAAACCUCCAGUGGGCUUUUAUAGAAACAAAGAGCUGAAAAAAAUCCACAAUAAUGCCCAUGACUUUAGAAUAAAAUGUUCAACAAUUAGGUGUCCUUGAAUACAGGCAGAUUUUGUUCUUACAAUACAUUAGUUUUUACUGGCUACUUUUUGCAUUUAUCCACAUAUGUUCGGUCAGCUGUUAUGUAUGAUAUUAUUUAUUUAAUUAUCAAUACAAUCUUAACAAUAAGGUUGAUGAGCGCCGACAUAUUGAAUGUAUAGCCAGACAGAAAUAUGUUACAAAGUACAAUUACUAAAUACUUGUCAACUUAGAAUCCAAGGACAGUUCUGGUUUUGGAACACUGUGCCGCCAUUUCUGUGUUUUUUUCUCUGGUGUUCCAAAUCUGAGGAUAUUAUAGGAAAAUCAGUAAAAAGGGCAGAUGCCCUAUCAUUUAACAUGCUUUCAUUGCACUAGGUUAGUGGUUCCUGUCCCCUUGGCUGGGAACCAUAUAUUUAGUUCCCUACACUAUUGUAGUGGGUCCUUUCUGGAUGGAGCAGGCACAGGUUCCAGGCAACCUCUCACAGUCACUGGUUUAUCAUAAUGACACUGCCUUCCCACUAUACACUAGGAUGAGUCCAAUAAAAGCAUUUUUUUUUGCUUUUUCUUUAAUUUAUUGCAAUUGAAGAAUGCCUCACUGAGCUAAUUUUACAAUUAAAGAAUGGGUCUCGAGCUAAUGCUAUGUACAAUAUGUUGGUACCUGUCAAUAAAGUUUAAAAUCAACUGCACUAGUUCAAUACAGGACAUUUCGGCCCAUAAGAGAGAGUUUCUGUGAUGCUCCGCACGCUUUGCAAGCUGGCUGGCUUGCAAAGCUGACGGUCUAACUGGAGUGUUCUUUCUUUUUUUUCUUAAUAAUAUAUUUAUUAUGUUUUUUUUAAUAGCAAAAAGUCAGUGUUCAUCAAGAAAUUAUUGAGUUUAAAGCUAUGAAGAUCCAGAAACAAAUGGUAAUAAGUAUUGUAGAUCCCAAAAUUGAGUAAAAUGUUCUGGAAAACAUAUAUUUACUGGUAAAGGUUAGGCCAAGAGCACUCUAGAUAGUGUAAUUGGAAUUAUCAGGUGGAGACGGUUUGCCCCAAUUUAAUUUGUUUGAAUCAGAAUCAUAUAUGAUUCCAUUGUGUUGGAAAAAACAACAACUUGUCAAAUUAUUUAUCUACAAAAGGCAGAAUUAAAAUCUACAGGAAUUUUUGCAGAUAAAUAAUUUGAUAAGACUUUCCGAAUCAAAUAAUUUCUGAUUCAAAUACAUUAAAUCCAGGCCUUUAUCAUAAGUGGGUACUUUUCCAUCUAUUUGCUUCUAAAGAAAUAUAGAAGUUUAGUUAUGUCUGGGACUCCAGGAUUCUUCAAAUUUUGUAAAAUCAAUAUUUUUAGUGAUGGAAAGAAGAAGCUGAUUAUUUGCAUAAAGGUUCUCUGGAAAAUAAUUUAUAUUUUGUAACAUUUUGUAAUUCCACUUGCGUUUUAUUGAAAAUUCUUCAUUUAAGUAAUAAACUUCCUAUUAUUUCUUUGUGUGCAGAUCAGUAUGAGAUGAGUCAUUUAUCAACAUUUGCCAUUUAUGAAAUAAACACCCUGUUGUUAUCUGUGUAGAGAAUCAUUCUUCAUCAGAUGAUGGUUUAGUGCAGGCUUCCCCAAACUCUGGCCCUCCAGAUGUUCACUGAACCACAACUCCCAUGAUUCUCAGCCUAUUUCAUUCAUAGAAUCAUGGGAGUUGUAGUUUAGCAACAUCUGGAGGGCCAGAGUUUGGGGAAGCCUGGUUAGUGAAUUGAGAUUACAAUUUAUGUGAAGGAAUUAAUUACAGGGAAUAUAAACUUUUUAUCCCUUUGGCUGUAUAGAAUCAUAAAACGUAUGGGUUAUCAUGAGCUCUAUUUGAGUGGAUACAAAUGGUAAUCACUAACACAUCGAUUUUCUAAUGUGCGAGCAAAGCAGAGCAAGUUUGAAAAAAUGACCAACACAUGUCCAACACAUGACAGCUCCAACUUAAGUGACCUAUGUGUAGUAAAGUCUCCUAAGUGAAAUUAGAUAUACCUGUGUUAAUUGUUGCAAGCCCAACUCAUCAAAGGGAAUCCACCAUUGUGAGAUUUCAGACAAAUUGUAUCAUGGAAACAACCAGGGAAGAGAUCUCUAACCUCUCUACCUCCCAGGGCUGGACUGGGAAAAAAAAUUUGGCCCAAGCAUUUUUAAAUCACAGCGGCCCCCUGAGAAGGGGGCGGGGCCAGAGAGGGUGUAUUUUGUCAUCACUAAUGACAAGCACGCCACCUCUCACAGCGAGCAUGUUGGUUCAAUGUGCAGAGCCCCACUGAAGAGCUCUAGCAUGAGAAAAAGGCCCUGUAUUUGUUCUGCGCAGCGCAGGCAAAUUUAAUAACAUGCUUGCGCUGUGUUUGCUUUUAACUUGUCGCUGGUGUCUCCAUAAGCUGAUUGUGGUGUGGUAUUGUGUAAAUAGGUUAAUUCCAUUCGUGUUUGUGGUGUAAUAUGUGUGGCUAGGGGCUAGAGAGAGUGUGUGUAUAGGGGAUGUAGCAUGUGUGUAUAUAGGUGACAAAGUGUGUGUAGGGGUUGUAGUAAGUGUGUUUAGAGAAUGUAGUAUGUGUUUGCUUACAAGGAAUGUAGUGUGUGCAUAGGAGAUCCAGGGUUUGUAUGUCAGGAAUGUAGUGUGUGUGUGUGUGUGUAGGGGAUUUAGUGUGUAAAGGACCCAGAGUGUAUAUAGGAGAUUGUGUGUGUAGAUCAGAUGAUCCAGAGUUGAGUAAGGGAUCUGGUGUGUAUCUGGAGCAUAAUGUGUGUAGUGGUGCAGUGAGAGAGGUGCUGUAGUGUAUAUAUAUAUAUAUAUAUAUAUAUAUAUAUGUUUGGAUGUAUUGUAUGUAUGAGGAGCACAGUGUGUUGGGUGUGCUGUGUGUAUGUGUGAGGGGUGCUGUGUGUGUGAGGGUGGUCUUAUCUGUCGUCACAUUCUAUGUUCCUAAUUUUCUUUGUCUGUUAACUCGCUGAGGGUUAUUUUAUAUAUUAUAUAUAUGUGUGAGUGUGUUGUGUGUGAGGGUGCUGUGUGUGUGAGGGUGAUGUGUGUCUGAGGGUGCUGUGUGUGUGUGAGGGUUCUGUGUGCCUGAGGGUUAUGUGUGUGUGUGUGUGUGUGUGUGAGGGUGCUGUGUGUGUGUCUGAGUGUGCAGUGUGUGAGGGUGAUGUGUGUGUCUGAGAGUGCUGUAUGUGUGUCUGAGGGUGCUGUGUGUGAGUGUGCUGUGUGAGGGUGCUGUUCAUGUGAGUGGGCUGUGUGUGUCUGAGGGUGCUGUGUGUGUGAGGCUUCUGUGUGAGAGAGUUGUUAGUGUGAGUGUGCUGUGUGUGUGUGAGGGUGCUGUGUGUGUGUGACGUGUUGUGUGUGUGUGAGUGUGCUGUGUGUGUGUGAGGGUGCUGUUAGUGUGAGUGUGAAUAUGUUUGAGGGAUUGUGUGUGUGGGGAACAUAUUUAAAUAUACAUGUAUUUUUACAAAACUUUAUAUCCCCCCUUCCUUCCUUCUUACCUUUAGCAUAGGAGGUGGGAAGGAGGGAGGUCCAUGCUGCCAUCCCUGAUGGUCCUAGUCGUGAGUGAACUGUAGCCUGCAAGGCUAAAGCUCACUCUUGCGAGAUCUGAGUGUUGCCGUGGUAACCGUGUCAACGCUCCCUCCUCUUCCAAUACAUCUGUCACGGUUCUCUCCUCUAAGCCACCAUACAGCUCAAGUAAUAGCCUGAAGUUUGGAUCUUACCUUGUAUCCAGCACUGGGGGUUGGAAUUUACCUGAAUUUACUGCUCCUGUCACUCAUGAUUCACCUGUAGCUGAUGGCCUCAUUAGCCAGGUAUAAGACACUGCCUCUCCCUGAUAGCAGUGUCAGUUCAUUGACUCUGGUUCCUGUAUUGCUGUUUCGUGUUCCAGUGUUCUCCUGUUGAUUCCUGACCUUGGCUUGUUAUUUCGUGUAUCCUGACUUCUGGCAUCCUCUGACCUUGGCUCUCUACUCGUUUAUCCUGAUUUCUGGCACCCACUGACCUUUGGCAUAACCACGACGAUUCUCCUGUUUAUGUCCGUAUCUGUACUGCAACUUGGAGCAUCAUCCUGCACUGCCCCCGUACACAGACUCACAGGCCAGGUGAGUUCUUCCCUGACCACCGUGGCCUGUAUUUAAUUGCAAGGGUGAUCAUAUAUCUGCGCUACAGACUCCCAACCAAGGUAAGCCGUUACAACAUCACCCAACCCCACUCCCUCCACUGUUCUAUGCCCAUUCACACCUACUACAACGAAAGAGGUAUCUGCUCUGCUCCGGUCCUCCCGCCCCAUCACCUGUUCCCUCAAUUCCAUUCCCUCAUAUCUCAUCUGAAAUCUGUCUCACUCUCUUGCUCUUCCUUUUACUAAAAUUUCCAGUCUCUCCCUUAUCUCGGCAUGUUUCCCCUCACCCUUCAAGCAUGCAACCAUAACGCCGAUUCUGAAAAAGCACCACAUUGACCCCAACUACCGCCCUAUAACGCUACUGCCAUUUGCCUCCAAGAUUCUUGAGAGAGUUGUGUAUGCAAGAUUGACAGAUUUCCUCAAAUCCAACUCUCUGCUUGACCCGCUUCAGUCUGGAUUCCGCAGUCGUCACUCUGUUGAAACAGCUGUGAUCAAAGUAUCCAACAAUUUAAUCGCUGCUAAAUCUUGAUCCCAUUACUCUAUCCUAAUUCUCCUUGAUCUUUCUGCUGCCUUUGACACUGUUGAUCAUCAACAGCUUCUUCUUAUUCUCCGUAAUCUCGGUCUACGGGAUACUGCUCUCUCCUGGUGCUCCUCCUACCUCUCCCAGCACUUUUCCAGUGUUUCUUUUUCUGGCUCUACCUCUCCUCUCCAACCCCUCUCUGUUAGCUACUGCCAUUUGCCUCCAAGAUUCUUGAGAGUUGUGUAUGCAAGAUUGACAGAUUUCCUCAAAUCCAACUCUCUGCUUGACCCGCUUCAGUCUGGAUUCCGCAGUCGUCACUCUGUUGAAACAGCUGUGAUCAAAGUAUCCAACAAUUUAAUCGCUGCUAAAUCUUGAUCCCAUUACUCUAUCCUAAUUCUCCUUGAUCUUUCUGCUGCCUUUGACACUGUUGAUCAUCAACAGCUUCUUCUUAUUCUCCGUAAUCUCGGUCUACGGGAUACUGCUCUCUCCUGGUGCUCCUCCUACCUCUCCCAGCACUUUUCCAGUGUUUCUUUUUCUGGCUCUGCCUCUCCUCUCCAACCCCUCUCUGUUAGCGUUCCCCAAGGUUCGGUCCUUGGUCCCCUACUGUUCUCUAUCUAUACUGCCUCCCUUGGUAAACUCAUCAGCUCCUUUGGCUUCCAUUAUCAUUUAUAUGCAGAUGACACACAAAUCUACCUGUCCUCUCCUGAUCUCUCUCCGCACAUCUUGACUUGUGUCUCUAACUGCCUCUCCGCGAUUUCCAACUGGAUGGCUGCUCAUUUCCUUAAUCUCAACCUGUCCAAAACAGAACUUCUGGUCUUUCCUUCCUCAAGUGUUGCUACUCCCGGGUCUGUCUCCCUCCAAGUCAACAGCUCCAUCAUCACCUCUACCUCGCAGGCUCACUGCCUGGGUGUUCUCUUUUACUCCGACCUCUCUUUCACCCCUUGUAGCGGAGCUGCAGUAUUCACAUCGAUAUCUCUGCUGGUAGACUUAAUAUAUAAUAUAAUAAAUAAUAAUAUCCAAGAGAAGCGUAGCUCGGGAAUCCCAUUCAAAUGCCCCAAGAACCGGACGAUACACAGCUUUGGGAGUCAACUGUUUUUUUUUUAUUGAGCCACAGCUGGCUUUUAUACAAUUCCCCAUGCAAGGGGUUUCCUUAAUUACAUUCCUGGAGUUUUCCCCUGGUGGACCUUGGUGGGGACAGGGAACAAAGACACAUUUCCCAGACUCCUUUUCUGUACUUGGAAGAUAAUUGCGUAAGUACAAUUCUUUAAUUAAAUUAUCUCCCAGGUAGAGAAAAUUAAACAAUAUUUCAAACCAUCAUAACUCCUAGAAUAUUAGUCAGAACUCCAUGAAAGACACUUCACCAAAAAGCAGGGAUCUGAGCGCCCAAUCUGUCGAAAUACCGCUUAGAUCCGUUCGAUAAAAUAGGAAUGCCAUUUGAGUGAAGUUUAGACCGUGAGGCGAAGUCCUAAAACAGUUCAAUGUGGUUGUAUGCAUUGACCGGUCUUCUUUCGUGAGUUUUCACUGUUAAACUAACAAAUGCAACUGUUCAUGAAAUAGGUGGUUGUGUGCCUUGCAUCCAUUCGUUUCAUUCAGUCGAAUGCCGCUCUGUAUAGGCGAAAGGAAAUGAAUGUACGAAUAGGAUGGAAGUCCAGCGGUGUUCGCACCGUCUAGUGUCCUAUUAUCGUACCACGCACUCGACAACCAAACACCGCUGUAUGUUCGUGUGCAAAGAUGGCCACCGCCAUGCUUUCAGUCAUAUGAACGGCGGUCACCCGUUCGAUCAUUUAGAAUAUUGCAGUUUUCUGUUGUCAAUAUAGUCAAUUGGAGGCACACGACUCCCUUGGGUGGUCUCACAGUUCGAUGGUUGGUUCAACUGACAAACAAUAUAUCUGUGGUGACUAGUUUUGCCACACCCCUCAUGUCCAGUUGAUCGCCAAAUCCUGCUUCCAUCUCAAAAACAUAGCUUGCAUCCAUCCUUAUUUAACACCAGACGCAGCUAAGAUGCCGGUCCAUGCCAUUGUUCUUUCUCGCCUUGAGUACUGAAAUCACCUUCUCAGUGGUUUUACAUGUUCCCAGAUUGCACCGCUGCAAUCUAUAAUGAAUGCAGCGGCGAGGCUCAUUUUCCUGUCCGUCCACUCCUCCCACGCCUCCCCCCCUCUGUCAGUCCCUACAUUGACUUCCAGUUAGAUAUAGGGCUCAAUUUAAGAUUCUGGUGCUGGCUUACAAGUCCCUACAUAAUGCUGCACCAACCUACCUAUCCUCCCUAAUGCACAAAUAUGUCCCGUUGAGGCCCCUGCACUCUGCCAAAGACCUACGCCUAUCCUCUGUCUGUAUUCCCACAUCUGAUGCUCGCCUCCAAGACUUCUCCAGGGCUGCACCUUUUCUGUGUAACUCCCUUCCCUUCUCUGUUAGACUUUCACCCAGUCUCCACUCCUUCCAAAAAUCUUUGAAAACACACUUCAGGAAAGCAUAUCAUUUAAACUGUUAGCAGAUUUUAAUCCCCCCCCCCCUCCAUGACUCCUCUCCUGCAACUGUCAGAAGUAACCUACUAAGUUCUCAGUCAUUACUUUUCUAGCAACCUAUUUAUACCUUUUGUGUCACUAUACCCCACUCCCUCUAGUACAUGGGUCGUCAACCUGGUCCCUACCGCCCACUAGUGGGCGUUUCAGGAUUCCAGGUGGGCGGUAGGGAUUUCCUCAUUUUGAGAGAUUGGGCGGGCAGGUGUGAGGGUGACUAAAAUAUUUUGUGUGAAUGUGUCUUUGUAUGUAUGUCUUGUGUGUGUGUAUGUGUGCCUUGUCGUUGUAUGUAUGUUUCGUAUGUAUGUCUUAUGUGUGUGUCUUUGUAUGUGUGUGUCUGUAUGUGUGUGUGUGUGUCUGCCUGUCUGUUUGUAUGUAUGUGUCGUGUGUGUGUGUGCCUGUCUGUGUGUGUGUCUGUUUGUAUGAAUGUAUAUGUCUUUGUAUGUGUGUCUGUAUGUAUGUGUGCCUGUCUGUUAUAGUGGGCUAUAGUAAGUGGGCUACCUAGCUCAGCCUUCCUACUGGGCAUUGCUAUAAGGAAGGUUAAAAAAUAGAAAAAAGGAAAAAAAAAAGGUGGGGACGGGAAUUGAGGAGGGAGAGGAGAUGAGCUGAUGCAGAGAUGAGAAAUCAUUUUAUGCGCAAACAGAGAAGUCGUCUGAAUAUCACCGAAAGAGGAGACCUUUGUUUGUUCCUUACAAAAAUCGAUCCAGAUAUCAAAUAUUUUGUCUCGUAGCAUCAUCCUCAAGGAUCUCAUUAAUCACUAGUUAAGGUAAUUUCAAUUUACUUUAUUGUUUUCUCAUUAAACUUUAUAAAGUUAAAAACAUUAUAAACAUGCAUUAAGUAGAAAUAAAAAAUAAAUGUACGUACAUUUUUUUUUUUUUAAACACCCUAUUUUCUAAAAAAUAUUCUGCAUUUGCGUGAAAACUGAUGGGCGGUAAAGGAAAUUUUUCCAUCAAGAAAGAUGCAUUAGUGUGCGGUAGGUAGAAAAAGGUGGACUACCACUGCUCUAGUAUGUAAGCUCAUUGAGCAGGGCCCUCAACCCCUCUGUUCCUGUGCGUCCAUUUGUCUGGUUACAAUUAUGUGUCUGUUAGUCCACCCAUUGUACAGCGCUAUGGAAUUUGCUGGCGCUAGAUAAAUAAUAAAAUAAUAUUAAUAAUUCUGCUUUAUUGCCUAAAUAUAGAUAUCUACACAACAACAAAUGAUUUACAUUAUUGCUCUAUAAAUACAAAUUUUAAUUUAUUAUGGGUAUUUAGGUGACGUGGCUGUUAGUGAUGUGGUUAUAUAAAUGAUUAAUAUAGCUUCCUUUCCCACUCAGAGCACUUGAAUUCGACUGCAAGUUCCCUGUACAAUUUUAUAAUUUGUGAUAUUGUUUCCCUGUAUGUUCUAAAACCGUGCAAAUAUUUCUUGUGAGCGUCCUAGAUACUGCAUUGCAAUUAGUGUUUCUGUGUGUUAACUAGGGCGCUCCAUAUCUCAUGUGAGAAUAACUAGCAAACCUUAUUAAAGCAACACUCCUGUCACUUGCGCUGGUUUACCUUUAGGGGUUAAACUGUUCACAAACUGUUUAACCCUCACGCAAAUAUGGCCUUUUAACACUGAGGAAUUUAAACCGGCACUGUCAUGGCCAAAUCCUGUUUUGUUCCCAUUUUAGCCGGUGGCUGCUCACUGUUGUAAAAAAAAAAAGCCCCCCCCUCCCCCCUUCUAACAAAUGGCACAGUCUAAAAUGACAGGACGUUCAGGAAUACUGAAAGGAAGCACUACGAGAUCAUUGAGGAAAGGUAAGAAUUGUGGGAAAAUUUCUCUGACCACAGGAAACGGAGCACACUUUGCUGCUCCGCUGGUCAUAGAUGGUCAGGUGAAGGAAACCUCCAUAAGACAAAUAGUCCCUACGUUGUCUUUUGUUUUAAAGAAAACUAGAGCAGACAGGAAGAAAUGAAGGACAGAUCCUGACAGAGGGAGAGAAGAGGAAUCGAUUGGGGGAAAGGUAAGUUCAACAUGACAGUGCCCCUUUAAGUAAACUUAUGUUUUACCAAUAAUUUGUAAACAUUAUGUGUUAUGUUAUAGUGUAUUAUUGAUUCUUGAUAAGUAAAACAUAUUUUAAACUAAUUAAAGUAGCGAUGGGGGAGGGGGGUAGGGGUGGGGCAUAAAGAAUAAUGGGCAAUAGGGCAUGAAUCAUUUUCUUUAACAAAAAAUGUGUACAGGUUGGAGUAUUUUAUAUAGGACAGGGGUAGGCAACCUACGGCACUAGUGCCAUGCACGGCACUCAAGGUGUAUUUGCAUGGCACUCAAGGCUGCUAGAGCCAAACAGGCUCUGGCCUAUCCGGAGUCCCAGUAAAACUUCAGAUAUCUGCUAAUACGAAGAGGUGGUGAAGGACAAUCCUCAAUUUAAGCAUUGCAGCACGUAGAGGUAGUGAUCUCAGAUCACUUCCUCCCAGCACUUGUGAAUAGGAAUCCACACUGUAGUAGAGCAGCUCGCUGUUGCAGCUCCUGUCCUUGACAUGUACCUGGCCUGCCUAGUCCCCACUGGAAGCCACCCACACUGCUAGAUAUACACAGAAAUGCAGAAUAACCCUCCCCUCAUACAAAUAAUACGGACAGCCCACACACAAAUAUACACACAAUCCGCACAAACGAAACACCACUAACAAUCCACAUACAUGCACACAACCCCACAUGCAAUACCCCAAACAGCCCCCACACACUACCAAACACACACUGUGACAUAUCCACACACACACAAUUCCACAAGCAUCCCCCAUACACAGCCCACAUUCAUAUGUAUCAUACACAAUACCAUAAACUACUCAUGAACAUAUACAAUAUAAUAGCUCAUACACGCAGGGCCAUCUUUAACAUGGGGCAAACUGGCCAGCUGCACCGUGAGCCCUGCUGGCCUCAACUAUUUCUAACCCUCUGGCCGGUAAUCCGCACACUAAGGAGGCCCACCGGGUGGCCCAUGCAUAAAGGACCACCCGGUGGGCUUCUGUCAGCAGGGGACAGGUCGCACGCUGAGGCGCUUUAACAGUGCGAGCGGGCCCCUUGCUUUUCGGCAGCAGGCUGGGAGGAAGUGACGGCUGUGCAUCACUUCCUCCCACAAAGAGAGGAGCGCGUGGGAAAGAAGAGUAGGCAGAUUGGAGGGGGGCUGGCCGCAAGCGCUAGACCCCAACGCCCAACACCUUCAGCCACCAGCAGGAAAGGUAGGAAACUGGAGGGUGGGUUUUAAAGUGUAUGUCUGUGUCAGUAUGUCUGUAAUUGUGUGUGUGUGUGUGUGUGUCAGCAUGUUUAUGUGUCAGUAUGUCUUUGUGUGUUAGUAUAUCUGUGUGUGUGUGUGUGUGUGUGUGUGUGUCAGUAUAUCUGUGUGUGUCAGUAUGUUUGUAUGUCUUUGUGUGUGUAUCUGUGUGUAUGUACGCAUUUCAGUGUGUAUAUAUAUCUCUGUUUGUGUGUGUGUGUAUAUGUGCAUACAUCUCAGCAUUCACACACUACACACAAAUACACCCCUGCAUUCAAAUUUCAACAUUACGUACAAACACAUGUCUGUGUUACACACCAAAAUUAUAUGUAAAAACACCCCUGCAUUCAAAAACCAACACUACACAAAUACAUGCUUGCAAUCACGCCAACACCACAUACAAACAUAUUCCAUACAAAACCCUGUUUACAUUCAAACACACAAAAACUGCUUAGUGCUAAAUACAGACCUGCAAACAUGGGUAAAUGGUAGAGCCCCAGCUGUCAAUGCAUUUCUGGAGUUGCACAACAGAUGGGGAUCUACCUUUUUAAUCACCCGUGCAACCGGGAGACCCCCAAAAAUUAUUGCACCUCUCUACUUUAGGUCCGCCACUGCGUUGAGGUGGAGGACGUGAUUGCAUGCCUGGGGAGGGGGGACAGGGUCCAGCGGGCCCCAAGCAAAUGCUUUGCCCAGGGUCCAGUCACUAUUAAACACGGCCCUGCAUAUACGCUCAAAUACAAUGAUACAAAGCAAUUACAGUAAAAAUAACACAACCAGAAUACAGCAGCAUACACACUUCCAUUAAAAAAAAAAAAAAUAGGACCGGCACGCUACGGGACAUCAUAAUCCUAUAUCGGCACAGUGUUGCUAAAAGGUUGCCUACUCAUAGGAUAUAAUUUAAUUGAUGCUGGGGAUCUGUUUUUCACUAACAUAUAAUGUAAAUUCUGUAAAUGUUAAUCACUAAACAUGAGGUUUAUUCACUAAACCCAGAAUUGGAGCAAUUGGCAAUAUUUAGGGCAAAAUAGUUUAAUUUGAGUUAAAAGGUGCAGCUACUCUCACAGCUUGGAGAUUAUCGCCUUCAUUUUGCAAUUUGGCUUUUUAAUCACUGUUUAGAGAAUAAACCUGAUAUGUGUUUUAACUUGGUAUUUCAUAGUUGAUAUAUAGUUAUUUGGCAUAUGCCUUUAGACAUUUUUAAGAGGAUUUUUUUACUUUACUGUUGGAGAACUUAUCAGCAAGUUAUUUUGUGGUAAUACAAAUAUGUAUGUAUAUGUAUGUGUGUGUGUGUAUAUGUAUGUAUGUAUGUAUGUAUGUGUAUGUGUGUAUAUAUAUAUAUAUAUACAGCCAGUAUAAGAUAUCUUAUAACUAAAAUAAUAUAUAUACAACAAAUAGUGAUAUUAUAAUAAAACCCCUAAAUAGGAUAUGCUCUGGGAGGAUCAACCCCUGAAAUUUGUAUGAUUCAAUGUGGGGUAUAGGAAAAAUGUCCUUGUAAAGGCUGCAGAUCUAGUGUCUGCAGCUACUGCAGGCCCUCCCCCUUUUCUCUGGAACAGACUUUAAGUUUGUGCUGGCAGAUUGACCAGUUCAAGGCUUCUGAUUGAGAAGCCUCUAUAGAUAAAGUUUUGAAUGUGUCUUUCCAUUCACACACUUGUCAAUGAGCUACAGUAUACCACCAGAGCAAGCUGGGGUGCAGAGGAGCUGCAGUCAGUACGUUUUAGCAAGCUGGCCUGCUGCUUCCAUUAGCCCAGAAGAGCUAAAGGAAGUGGAAAAAAAAUCUUCCCGUCAAUCAACUGUCAGUUACAGAAUUCAUUUAUAAAAGUGUAAUUUUAUAUUUGAAACAGCACUUUUAUAAAUUGAAAAGAGGCAUACUUUACACACAUAAAUAUAGGAUGUGUUUGGUGUGUUCCUUUAAAAGUUACCAGGCAAAAACUUGUUUUUUCCUGUGAGUCAUUGCCUUUUUAAUAUGACGCAAUACUGGCCCUUAUGUGCACUGACUGAUGUUGCAUACUGUUGCAUAAUCUACUGUCUGCAAUUAUCCAUUUCAAUUAUUUUCAAGUUUUCCUUUUUGUACCAUUUGUUUUUCUCAGACAUGAUAGUCUGAUACUUACUGAACCUCAGAGUUGCUACCUAGAAUAUUAUUUUUACAUCAUGCACACACUAUAGUAAAUUGUGUGUAUAGCAUAGUACAGCAUGCCAUGGAGAUAGUUAACUUGUACGCAGUCCAUGGUCCCUAGCAGCCAGCAGAGAGGUAGGUGCUUACAGAAGCCAGCUCUGCUGCCCACAAUGUAACACGUAUGUCCAAUUUACUAAAAUUGUUAACACGUGUGCACAAGUCAACUAUCCCGUGGGCAUGAUCUACUAAAUUGUGCACACAAACUACUGUGUGAACACAAUGUAAAAAAAACAAAACAGUCUAGGUGGCACCUCUGUAGCUACUUGCCCAUGGAAUUUUGCAUUUCUCCAAAUAUCCUUGAAGACAUUUUUCAAUCUAAUUGUAAUACUAAACAGAUUUAAGACAGUCAAGCCGUUCAUUGUGAAAUGAUGUGUCGAAAGGGGAGAUAAACAACAGCAAUGCAAGGGGAACUUGUUUGAUAUUGUAUUACAAUGCCUUGUACUAUUUCUUUACAUUACAUUUUUAAUGUGUAUUUGUAGCGGAGAGGUAGUAUAAUCCACAGUAUCUCUGCUGGGUAACAGGAACAGCAUAAAAUAAUCCAAGGAAAUAAAUACAGCAUACAAUAAUCCCGGUAGUGUUAUACGAAUCCUUUCUUCCCAAGAACUAGACGACACAUAGGCUGGGAGUCAACUGAGGUUUUAUUCACAGGACACUGUAUUUAUAGGAUUCCCCAUGCAAGGGGUUUCCCUACUGACAUUCCAGGGGUGGUACAGUAGGGGACUACAUGGGGAACUGACCAACACAUACAUUUCUCCCACCAUGCACUGCUGCACGAGAGGGAUACUCCCCCUAGAAUAUACCGUUAAAUGGAUUAUCCCUCCGUCCAGCCGAACUUACAUUUUAUAUUAAAAUGUAUAACUUUAAUAAUAUUCCCCUGAUUUACACAAAUGGACGUUCAGUAGAUAGCUGGAGGCUAAGCGCACAGUUCGUGAGAAUACCGCUCAGCUCCCAGUCUAACUAACCGAACGCCGCACGAAAUACACAUUAUUUCUAACUAGUGAUGUCCCGAACAGUUCGCCACGGACUCAUCAUUGAGUAAACUUUGACCCUGUACCUCACAGUCAGCAGACACAUUCCAGCCAAUCAGCAGCAGACCCUCCCUCCCAGACCCUCCCACCUCCUGGACAGAUCACUAAGAAUGCAGCUUCACAAUGGAUGCUGUCCAGGAGGUGGGAUGGUCUGGGAAGGAGGGUCUGCUGCUGAUUGGCUGGAAUGUGUCUGCUGACUGUGAGGUACAGGGUCAAAGUUUACUCAAUGAUGAGUCCGCGGCGAACAGUUCGGGACAUCACUAUUUCUAACACAUUGCAAAACUACCAAUUGGUAUUAGGGGAACAAACUACCAAACGGCUGGGGCUCCCGAACGGCCUGGAAGUCCAGCAGUGUUCACGCUGUUGAGUAGCCGAUUUUAGUUCCAGGUGCUCGAUGGCAAAACACCGCUGGGCUAACAAAGGAUCCAAGAUGGCCGACCGCCACGUGGUCGGUAGUCGAAUGGCGGCCACCCAGGGAAGCCUUUAACUACCGAUUGCAACAAUGUGCCACAUGACCUCUUGUGUGUGGUUGACCAUUCGGUAGUUUAUUCGUUUCAUGAACAGUGUUGAAACUCACUGUUCGUGAAACUACAUUAGGAAAGCUGGGUUUUCCAUACUGCAAGCAUACGAACACCCUCAUUCGUCUGAAGGACACAUACAGUAAUACACUUGGUUCUCACAGCUGAAACAGGGAUACACACACAUUCAAUAUGGCUAGUCUUAAGUGGCUAGUUUUGCCACAGUAUUCUUGUAUUACUUUGUGAUAUUGAGCGAAACUUAAUAAAUGCAUAAUUACAUAAACAAAAUGCAAUGUGUUAAACAACUUUCAGACAAUUUAAAAAAACAGUAGGUAUAUAACAGAAAUAAAAUAAUAAAAUUUAUGUUUUCAAGUGUUCCAAUCAAUACUUCAGAUACGUAGGGGUAAUCUGGGAGAUAUGGAACAAAUGCAUCUCUUAUUUAUGAAACAGCAGGAUAUCUGCUCACACAGUGCAGACACAAAACACUUGGGAUUAGAAUGAUGAAUAAUAUGGAACAAAUGCAAACUUCACUUGAAUGGCGACUGGGUUAAGAUGUAACCUACAGGGUUAUUCUCAAAAGUUUGAUAGUUAAAGUUUCACUUUAAAUUUAAAAAUAAUUUCAAAUUGUAAUAUGAAAUGGCUGUACUGAAGUUGUAGCUGGAUUGGAAAAAAAAAAUUUCUGAUUCAGCUAUUAUGCCCUAAAUGUUGAAAUGUACUUUAAUCCCUGACAAAUAACACUUUAGUAUAAAAUCUUGGACAGGAAUGGAUUUUGGAAUGGACAGGAUUAUCCACUAAAUUUUGAAUUGGAGAGUAUGGACAAAAAUUCAUCAACUCAACUAUAAACACAGCAUGGCUAUUUUAGCCUGCAUUUUGCUAUUUAAAUUUGAAUUUAUUUCAAUUGACAGUUUAGUGAAUAAUUCCAAUAGUGUACAAUAUUUAGGAAUUAAUAUCCUGACAACUGGACAUUUAGCAUAUUUCUUCUACUCUCGAAUAUGUAUCUUUUGGUAACAAUAACACAAGAGUCAUAUGGCAUGGUUUAUUGCAAAAAAGGGUUUGCACUUUGAUAUCCUCACGUGGAAGUUAAUAUUUUGUUUUCUCUCUUGCCCCCAUCACCCAUCGUAUGCCCUCUAACUUCCUAUCACCAGCCCCCACUCUACCCCUUGCAUGUGCAUCUGUUCAACCCCCAUCACAGUCACGUGUGUCUCUUCAACCCUUCUCCCUAAAUUUGUUUGUGUCUCCAUCUCAUUCCCCAUCUCUUGUGUGUCUCUCCAGCACUUCACACUCACUUAUGUGCUUCAACGACACAUCUUAACUCCUUGUGUAUUUCUCCAAACUGUGUUUCUCUCCAGGUACUCCUUUAUCCCUUUGUUUGUCUCUCCAGUCCUCCUUCCAGCCUUCAUGGGUCUCUAAAGCCCAGUUGACAUCAAGGACAUCCAAAUUCUCUUUGUAUACUAAAUAACUCUUAAUCUGCUUAAUCUGUAUCUCAUCCACAAAAAUGUAAUGCGGUAUUCUCAAACCUGUGAGCAAGACUGUGAAUAGGCUGAUUACUGUCAGGGUAUGGUUGGUAUCCGCUUACUCCAUAGUUCCACUCAUCCUUAGUGAUGUGUUGAAUUUCAGAUGGGUAAUAAAUUACAAAUCCAUUCAUCCCGUGCUGGCCAGAAGUUUAUGGAAUAAGAGAAAAAAAAUUAAGCAGGGCAUUUAUGGAGCUACAACGUCUGACUCCUGAUUCUGUCAAAUGGCUGAGAGAAUGUUCUUAAAUCCAUGAUGCUACUGUGUAAAAAAAAUAUUUUUUUACUUUUUUUUUGUUCUUUGGUAUAAAAAGUAUUCCACUAUAAACACUUUAACGAAUGUCUUUAAUCGCUAUAGACCAUUUUAACAUCAUCUUUAAUACUGUUUAUACGAUAUAUAUCUAAACAUGUAUAUUCUUAUUUUUUUGGUUUUGUUUUUUUUCUCUUUGAAGUUCUCUUGUACUCACAGGUGGAGAUUUGUUGCUCACUGUACCUUAGUAUUACUAUUGAACCACCAAAGCCAGCUGUUGGACAAAGUGUUUUGUUCCUUGUUUCUUACACUGGAGAGCUCUAUAAUGUCAACUGGUACAGAGGAAAAGGAACCGGAGAGAAGAUAAAUAUUCUGACACAUGGUCCUGGAUCUCCCUAUCCUCCUACACAAGGUCCACUCUACACAGGGAGAGAAACCGUGAUGGAAAAUGGGACACUACAAAUCUCUCACCUAAUGACUAAUUAUAGUGGAUUCUACACCGUGGAAAUCACAACCCCAGCGGGCCUUCAAUACCAGAGUAUUGAACUCACUGUGUGUAAGUAACUUUACAUGGCUUUUUGUGUUUGAUUAACUCCAACAAAACAGUCAAAUGUCAUAAUGCUGCCCAUGUACAUUAGAUUUCGGAACUCAUUAAAGAGAAACUGUUAUGUAAAAAAUAUUUAUAUUACUUCACAUACAGAUAAAAGAAACCAGAUACCUAACUGUAUCCACUGCUACGAUAUCUGUGUCAUUUAUUUAUAAAAUAAAUAUAGUUAAGGAACCAUUCAUGAACAGAUCAGGUACAUGCUGCUACCUUUUGUGUUGCUAGGAUUGCACACCUAUUGAACACCAGUUGCUCUGGAAACAUUGUUGUCAGUGUCUGAGAGAGAAUUAUGGGGAAAGGCAUACCAAGAAAAUAUCCUUGUUUCAUCACUGCUGAUCUAGAUCGAUGCACUAGAUUUCAAAAACACUUUAGGAACGUGUACACAUUUUUAACAAAUGUCAACACUACUUGUGAAAUGUUUACCUAAUUUAUUGUUGUCUGCUGUGAAUUUUUUUUUAUCAAUAAUAAAAAAAAACUAUAACCAGAAAGUGGAGUGUUGUGUGAAAGCAGGUCUAGGAGGGUUAAAAGGGGCAAUAUAUAAAGCCAAUUUAACAAACUUUAGAAAUUACAUUAUCAUGAAUGUGCUGGCAACCAAAUUGUGUCCAAUAAAAGCUGCUCAGAUAGCAGUGGUGUUGUGCAAGGAGGGGCUUUGGAGCUGAAGCUCCACAUGUGCAGGUCUUUAGACCCAAUUCUCUAUCUUUAGCUUGCGCUGUGUUAAUUGUGUGCAGGAUUGCAGUGAAUAUUUAUUUGUGCAGUAUGUGCUUGUUUUCUGGCUCAAUUUCAUCAAGAUCCUGGCAUGCACUGAUGGCUCAUUGUUCAUGGGUAGAGAGGUAGGGGCAUUAUAGAGAGGCUGGGAUAUGUCUAGAAUUGGAUCCCUAUCCCUACUCCCUUUUUCCUGAAAGCUUCUGGAAAGACUUCUCUUUACCCGUAUGUCUCACUUCCUCAAUUCCAACUCUCUCCUUCACUCUUCACUCUGGCUUGCCCUCUCCACUCUACUGAGACUCUUUUAUCAAAGUACUAACAAUCUAAUCGCAGCUAAAUACGGGACCGGACUGGGAAAAAAAUUCUCUAGCUUUAGAAAAAGGCCCUGUAUUUGUUCUGCAAAGCGUAAGCAAAUGUAAUAACAUGCUAGCGCUGUGUUUGCUUGUAACUUUGGUGUCUCCAUAAGUGGUGUACCAGAGGACAAAAGGACCAGGAAAGCGGAUGGUGCAUGUGUUUGGAGCCUGCUUGUGGGGUUGUGUGUGUGUGUAGUGUGGUGUGGUAUUGUGUAAAUAGGUCAAUUUAAUUUGUGUUUGUGUUGUAAUAUGUGUGGCUAGGGGCUGUAGAGAGUGUGUGUAUAGGGGGCAUAGUGUUAUAGGGGAUGUAGCGAGUCUGUGCAUACGGGCUGUAGUGUGUGUGUGUGUGUGUGUGUGUGUGUGUGUAUGGGGGACGUAGUGUGUGUAGGGGUUGUAGAGAGGGUAUGUUUAGAGAAUGUUGUAUGUGUUUGCUUACAAGGAAUGUAGUGUGUGUAGGUGGUGCAGUAUGUGUGUAGGAGAUCUAGUGUGUAAAGGACCCAGAGUGUGUAUAGGAGAGUGUGUGUGUGUAGAGGAUUAAGAGUGCAUAUAGGGUAAGGGAUCUAGCAUAUAUCUGGAGUGUAAUGUGUGUAGUGGUGCUGUAGUGUGUGUGUGUGUGUGUGUAUAUAUAUAUAUAUAUAUAUAUAUUUAUUUGGAUGUAUUGUAUGUGUGAGGGGUGCAGUGUGUGUGUGUGUAAGAGGGGUGCUGUGUGUGAGGGUGUUUUUAUCUGGCGUCACAUUCUAGGUUUCUAAUUUUCUUUGUCUAUUAACUCACUGAGGGUUAUUUUAUAUUAUAUAUAUAUAUAUAUAUAUAUAUAUGACUUUGUUUAUAUAUAUGUGUGUGGGAGGGUGCUGUGUGUGUCUGGGGGGUGCUGUGUGUGUGUGUGUGUCUGUGUCUGGGGGUGCUGUGUGUUUUGGGGUGCUGUGUGUGUGAGGGGGCUGUUAGUAUGAAUUUAUUUUUUAUCUAAAUUAAUAUAUAUAAUUUUAUUAAUAAAAGAAAAAGUUAUAUCCCCCCCCUCCCUUCUUACCUUUAGCCUGGGAGGGGGAGCCAUGCUGCCUUCCCUGGUGGUCUCGCGAGAUCUGAGCAUUGCCGUGGUAACCGCAAUGCUCAGACCUCGCGAGAGGAACCCGGCGGAGCUGCUGGCCUGAGCUCCACCGGAUCCUCUCUCCUCUCCCUCCCCAGCCAGCGGCAGUGUUACAGUGCCUGUGGGCUUGUGAGGGAGAUCUUUGAUCUCCCUCACCGGCCCAUGGAGGCACAGAGCAGGGCCGGCACUCGGGUAGCGCAGGCCCUGCAUGGGCCAGCCGGGGAGAUCUUGUGAUCUCCCCUGCCGGCCUCGGCCCACGGCCAUCGUGGUCCACCGGCAUUUGCCCGGUAUCCCCGAUAGCCAGUCCAGGCCUGACUCCAUACUAAUUAAUUUUGUCCUCGCUGCUGCCUUUGAUUUUUGCUCUGUCCUAGGUCUCCUAUUUUCUCUUUAUACUGCUUCUCUUGGCAAACUUAUCACUUAAUUUGGAUUCCACUACCACCUGUACACUGAUGACACCCAGAUAUAUCACUCCUCCCUGGACCUCUCCACUGCCAUCCUGCAACGUGUCACUGCUUGCCUUUCUUCCAUCUCUGACUGGAUGUCCUACCGCUUUCUGAAACGCAAUCUCUCUAAAACUGAGAUCCUUGUCUUUCCUCCUCCUAAUAUUGACCCUCCUCUUUCGCUCUACCUUCAAAUUAGUGGUAUCCCAUAAAUCCAUCCUUGCAAGUGCGCUGUCUUGGCGCCAUACUUGACUCUGGCCUCACCUUUGAGCCUCACAUCCAGUAUGUUGCCAAAUCCUGUAGCGUCAAUCUUAAAAACAUAGCCCUCAUCCGCCCCUUUCUUAAGCAAGAUGCUACUAAGGAACUUGUCCAUGCUCUAGUAAUUUCCCGCAUGGAUUAUUGUAACCCUCUCCUAAUUGGUCUUCCCAAAAACUAUAUUGCCCCGCUACAGUCUGUAAUGAAUGCUGCCGCCAGACUGAUUUUCCUCUCUAGUCGGUCCUCUCACACCUCCCCCCUUUGUCAGUCCUUACAUUGGCUUCCUGUAUCCUAUAGGAGUCAAUUCAAAGUGCUAACCCAUACCUAUAAAGCAUUGACCAAUUUUAGCCACUCCUAUGUUUCUUCACUGAUCUGCAGGUGUGCCCCUUCUCGGUCUCUCCCCUCUGCCCGUACCCAUACAGCCAACUCACGCUUGGAGGGCCUCUCGCGGUCGGCUCCCUUCCUGUGGAAUAGCCUGCCUACCACCAGACUCUCCCUUAGUCUUCAAUCGUUUAGGAAGUACCUUAAAACCCAUCUCUUAAGGAAAGCUUAUGGCUUCCCAGAGUAACCUCUAUCUCACAUACCUGUCCCUUGCUCUCUCCUAAAGGGCAGCACUCUACUCUCUCCUCCAGCUCUGCAUCACUCCAAGCUUAUUUGAUUGCUAUUCUCCUGUCCUAUUGUGUUUUAUACCCCACCUCCUACAGACUGUAAGAUCGUUUGAGCAGGGUCCUCUUCAACCUAUCGCAUCUCUAAGUUUUCUUGUAAUUGUCCUAUUUAUAGUUAAAUCCCCUCUCUCAUAAUUUUGUAAAGCGCUAUAUAAAUGGUAAUAAUAAUUGUGGGAAUCAAGGGCUACCUUAGCUUUGGGCUAAAGAGUUUCUGGAACCUAGCAACCCCCGCCAAGUAGUCAUGUGCUACAUUCUGACAGCUGGCCAGCUCCUGCAUGACUUACCAGAGUCCAACUCCCAUGGCUUCUUCCAUUUGUCUUCAGCAACUUAGAAAUAUUAAUCACCUGACCCUAUAUCUCCUGAUCUACUAUUCACCAAAGGUAUAUUUCUGGAGUAACUAACAUUUAUUGAAGUAUGCAAAAGCAAAUGUGCAGUUAAAUAACUUAUCACCAACCGAACAAAUGGAGAAACAGGGAGUGCAACUACAGGUCAUAAAAGGUGUAAUAAUCUAUUUCCAGUGUAAAUGGGAACUCAGGUGCAGAUAGUAACUUAGUAGUGUAUACCACUUUAAGAGAAUAAAUCAAAUGUGUAGUUGCAACAGUAAGUUGUAAUGGGAGUUGUGGUAUUUACAGUCCAGUUAAACAAGCAGAGAGAUUGCAGGAAACCUUUAAAUGCAUUUAAACUGGAUAAACAGCAGGCAGAGUGAAAUGUAUAUGAGAGGAAUAGCAACUUCCUCGAAUCAGCAAACAAAGGGUUAGUCAGUGCACAGUCUGAUUUUCAAAGGGCUGGGAAGGCCAGCAGAAUAGGUACAGCAAGCGGGGUAUGGUUAACAGUAUAACAGCAGAGGGAGCUCAGAUGGCAACUCUGUAUCGCAAGGCAGCAAAAUAACUGAACAAUACAAAGUUACCGCAGCUUGCCUAUAACGUGGCUGAGCGUAACGUGAAAGCGUAGGGGCCAUUUACGAUGAUGUGCGAAGUCAGAAGUGGCAUUGCGGGAAUCACGGUUUAGGUAUAGUUCUGACAAAAGCUUUGACCCUUUUUCCACUCGCUGUUACUCAUCCACAUAAAAAAAAAAAAAGGUCAGGUUAAUAGUGCAAAUACCUAUUUCCACAUAAAAUAAUAACUACAUUCUUCCUUACCUUACCCCAGUGUAGUUUUAAAUAAUACCUGGUGUAGUGAACUCCCACUUCUAUGAAUCACCACCAGAUAUUCAAUGCAAAUUAAUCUUCAAAGAAACAAUAACAAGAGGUGUGGACAAAGAUUCUGUUCACUGCCCAUUCCUUCAAAGCAUGUUUAUUAAGCGAUAACCUUCUAAUGGAAAUUACAUUGAACAUCUAAAAAGCUCCCUCCCAAGGCACAGAUGGUGGAAAUCAAGCGUUUCGUGCUUUACACCACUUUAUCAAGUUCCCCAAAAUCAAUAAAAAUCCCCUUUCCACAUAUAGCGUGGUAAAUGAUAUUUCAUUUUUGUAUUUACAAUAUCAGUUUAUCCAUCUCAUCUGUUCCAACCAUUAUGUGGGUAUACAUCGCAACAUUUAGAUGAUUUUUCCAUUUUCACUUACAGGGUGUGUUUAGUGAAAUUGGAUCUGAGGAUCUUUAAGUGGUUAAUAACACGUAACCUACCUGGUGCUAGGUUGUCUUUUAUAUCCCACGAUAUAAGAGGGAUUUUCAUUGUUUUUGGUGAAUUUGAUUGUGUUGUAAAACACAAAACGCAUAGAUUAGCAAGAUCUGUGCUGCCUGGGGGAGUCUUUCACUGUAUGUCCAAUGUCAUAUCCAUUGGACAUACAGUGAACAGUGAAUGGGCAGUGAACAGAAUGUUUGUUUGUGCACACCUCUUGCUAUUGUUUCUCUGUCCCUCAUCACCUGAUAGUCUGGCAAGAUAACAUUUAAGAAUAUGUUCAGAGCAGGAUUUACAUCUCAGAUACCAGUAGCUACAAAAUUAUCAGGGGCCUCUACAUACAUUCGAAAAAUCCUGUUUUCUCUUGGUGUUCUAUGAUUAAGAGAACAUAUGUGAAUUAAAAAAAUAUAUACAAAUAUCUCCAAGCAAAACAAAGUAUAUCAAAUAUAUCUAAAAUUUAAAAUGUGCUAUUUUGUAGUUGGAGUAGUUGCCUCUAAAAUACAUGUAGGCAGCUGCCUAUUGGUAAAUCAAGCUCUAGAUCGGUUUUCCAAUUAGAAACAACAAGAAUUGUUAUUACCAGGGUAAUAUCUCAUGUCCCAUCUCUUUAUGAAACUGAUGAGUCAAGUAAUGGAGAAAAAAACAUCUAUCUUAGCAAAGGAAAUGAUCUUUAGCUGUAUUUAUGUAUACAUGUUGCAAUCAAUGGGAAUUUCAACAUCUAAACUAAAAUAGCCAAGCUGUGGCCUGUACAUAUAACCAAUGAAAGCUUUUAUGCUGUCAGCACUUUUUUUUGCCUCAGUUAUACAUUUGUUUCUUCAUGGGUCACUCAACUGCAUUUUUUUUUCUACACUUAUCUCUGUGAGUAGUAUUUAUACAUAAGUCAUUACCGUAGGUUAAUAUCUAAUAUGUGAGGUUUAGGUGCCAAACAAGACAGCAUGCACUGUUUACUUUUCCAUGGAAAUGUCUUAAUCCAUACAAUAAUUACAAAGAAAUGCAGCUAGAGAUCUAUUACUUGCCGCAAUGCAGUAAGAUAAUGGCAUUGUAGUUUUAGCUAGCAGAUUGAGAUUACCCAGAGCAUAAAUAUAACAUGUAUACCAGAGCAAAAAACUAAACAAUAGGUUACAAGAUACCGAAUACCUCAUUAAUGAAAAUUAAAAAGGAAGGAUUACAAAUGGAUUGUGUUUUAUACUUCCGGUUCGUUUGAAAAGACCUAAAAGCCGUGGUUAAAGGACCACUCUAGGCACCCAGACCACUUCAGCUUAAUGAAGUGGUCUGGGUGCCAGGUCCAGCUAGGCUUAACCCAUUUUUAAAUAAACAUAGCAGUUUCAGAGAAACUGCUAUGUUUAUUAAUGGGUUAAGCCUUCCCCCUAAUCCUCUAGUGGCUGUCUCAUUGACAGCCACUAGAGGCGCUUGCGUGCUUCUCACUGUGAUAAUGCCCGAGUCAUGAUGAUGAUAUUUCAACAUCAACUUUUAUCUUGUGGAACUCAGAAAGUGACUUUGUUUCCUUCUUAUUUCUCAUUUAGACAUGACAUACGUUAAACAGCAUUUAUGAUUAAAAACUAUGGCAUAUCACUGGACAAUUUCAUUCUACUUCCCUGAUUGUUAAACCCAUCAAAGAUCGUAUGAGGCAUUUUAUAAUAUAAAAGGAUUUGUCUAAGGUGGAAAAUGUUCUAAUAUUUACAACCCAUUAUCUCUGAAUCUUUUCUCUUUUUGCAGUAAACACUGUCUUUUCAGAGAAAAUUCAGUGUUUACAUUACAGCCUAGUGAUAACUCUACUGGCCACUCCUCAAAUGGCUGCUAGAGGUGCUUCCUGAGGUAGUGCUGCACACUGUUUCUCCACCUUGUGUAUGGAGACACAGAACUUUCCUCAUAGAGAUGCAUUGACUCAAUGCAUCUCUAUGAGGAGAUGCUGAUUGUCCAGGGCUGUGUUUGAGUUGUGCUGGCUCUGCCCCUGAUCUGCCUCAUUGACCGUCUCAGUAAAUCAGAUAACCACUUCUGAUUAUGUCAGCCAAGCAGGCAGAUCAGGGGCAGAGGCAAAUGCAAUGGCUGCAAACUUGAAUACAAGUACAAUUUUGCUAUAUUUAGGAAGGCAAGGAUGUGGGCAGGGGGUUAGAUGGUGGUUUUAACACUAUAUAGUCAGGAAUACAUGUUUGAGAAACUGCAAUAAUUACCCUGCAAGGUUAACUCCAUGUCUAGUGGCUGUCUACCAGACAGCAACUAGAGGCGCUUCCUGGUCAUAAGGAGACUUUUUGAUGCAUAACUGACGCUCAGGGCCAGCGUGUCCUAUAGGCGACUUCGGCAGUCGCCUAGGGCGCAUCGGCCCUGGGGGUGCAAGUUUUGAGUGACCCGGCAGGAGGAAAGCGCACGGAGCUCCCUCCUGCCAGUCACUCCGUGUAGCGUGGCCAGGUGGUGCAGACCGUGGUACAGGAGCAUCCUGUACCCGGCAGGACUGAAAGGAAGUGCUCACUGAGAGUCUGUCAGUCCGGCCGGGUACAGGAAACACAAGCUCCUGUACUGUGGUCUGCGUCGCCUGGCCAAGCUGCAAAGACGUAGGAGGCACAACAGGGAAGGGAGAGGAGACGGCACUAAGGGGAACUGGGGGGCGGAUAGGGGAGAGACAGAUGGGAGGAUUUCGAGGAGAGACCACUAAGAGAAAUAUGGAGGGGAGGGAGAUCACUAAAGGAAAAAUUGGGGGGAUGAGAGACCACUAAGGGAAAGAUGGGGUUGGGAGGGAGGAGAAACCACUAAGGGAAAGAUGGGGGAGGGUGAGGAGAGACCACUAAGGGAAAGAUGAGGGAGGGGGGAGAACUCUAAAGGACAGGGGGCAGGGAGAGAACUAUGGGAAUGGGGGGCAGAAGGGGAGAGCACAAAGGGUCAGGGGAGCAUUAAGGGGCAGGGGGGCAGGGGGCAGGGGGAGAGCAUUAAGGUAUAGGGGGCAGGGGACAGCACUAAGGGACGGGAGCAGGGGAAAGCACUAAGGGACAGGGGAGUAGGGGAGCACUAAGCAACGGGGGGCAUGGGAGAUCACUAAGGGACAGGUGGGGAGGGGAGAUCACUAAGGGAUGGGAGAGCACUAAGGGAAUUGGACAAGACUAAGGGGCAGGAGGGGAGGGGACAAGACCUAGGAACAGGAGGAGAGACCUCUAAGGGACAGGGGGAGAAGUGGAUAUGAGACCACUAAGGGAAGUGGAAGAGCGCAUUAAGGGAUGGGGUAGUGAAAGACACACAGAGGGGCUGAAGAAGGGGUGAAAGAGAAGCACAUAAGGGCUGGUAGGGGAGACAGAGACACACAGAGGGGCUCAGGAGAGAUACACACAGUCGCUUUUGAGGGAGACACACAGAGGGACGGGGGGGGGGGAAAGACACACACCAAUGAGCUGGGAAGAGUAAGACAUAAAGGGACUUGGGGGGAGUAAGAUACGCACGGGGGUUGGGAGGAUUUAGGAGACAUACAAAGAGGGUCAGAUAAGAGACACCCAAGGGGCUUGUAAAAGAUACACCAAAGGAGGGUGUAAGACACACAACGUAAAGAGAAAAUAUACAAAAAAAGUAUAUUAACAAAAUAAAUAUAAUAAUAAAAAUAAAGAGCUGCUCCCCUCUCAGCCUCUCACAAACCCUCUUUUUCACACUAUACACAUACACAAUGCAUCCUUACACAUACACAGAAACACACAAUGCAUACCUACACACACAUGCACAGAAACAUACAAUGCAUCCCUACUCACAUACAGACACACCGAAACAUACGAUGCAUCCUACACUCACACAGAAACACACCAUGCUUCCCUUACACACACAGAAACACACAAUGGAUCCAUUACACACACACAAUUCAGCCCUUGCACACAUACACAGAAGCACACAAUGUAUCCCUUACAUAAACCCUAUACACUACAUUCCAUAAAAACACACACACACACAUUACAUCCUCUACAAUAACACAUAACACAUCCCCUACACACAUACACUCCACUCCCUGUGAGCAAACUCAUGGUUGGGCCUUGUAGGCAUAAGGCUUUAGGGCAGGCCUUGUGGGCAUACUCACGAUCAAGUCCUGGGGGCCCAGACCGUGAUCUGUGUAAGGGGCCCCCAAAAAUUGAGCUGCUUCCUAUUUGUCGAUUUUUGUGAGCAAUGCCUCUAGAGAACCUGUUUUAACACCAGACUAGUGGAGCCAGACUGCAGCCUGAGCCUAUCAUCAUCCUGUUGUCCUCAUCUGGUGGUAAGUAGGCAAUCCAGUAUAUAAUUAGUGGCACUAAUCCCUAAUUUACCUCACAUUAAAGGGACACUAUAGUCACCAGAACCCUCUACAGCUUAAUGUAGUGGUUCUGGUGUCUAUAACUUGUCCCUGUAGGUUUAUUAUUAUAAUAUUAGGGGGAACCUAUUAUCCUCUCCCCAGCCCCCACCCAGAGCCUCUAAUUAUAUUAUGGGGGAGGAUCAAGUUCCUCCCAUCGACCCCCAACUAAGGGCAGUGAAUGGAGGUCCUAAUUAUAGUAUUAAGGGUAUUGAGGACCUAGUGUCCUCCCCCCUUGCAUCUGCCCCAGAUUUUAAGCAUUCAGUUCAGAUUACAGCUGUUCGUCAGUGUUUGAUCCCCCUGAAAUCCAAACCAAAUUCAUGCCCAUUAAGGCCCUGAGUUGCAAUAUCUUGACAUUGUUGGCAACAGCAUGAACUGGAUUUUGCAGUCCGAAAUACCCCAUAUGCAGCCGGUUGGUGUGCCACGUUUAAUAUUGGACAAUUCAGACGUUUGUGAAUAGCCCCAUCAUUUAUUCCCAUUGUUUUGUUUUUUUUAAAAAGACUUUACUCCCAUUUUUUCAAAAAAGCUUUUUUCCCAUUUUUUUAAAGAAACUUAAAUCCUAUUCCUUUUUAAAAAAUUUUUUUUUUUUAUUCUGCAUUACAAAUUUUUAUUUUAUAAGCAAAAUAAAAUCAGUUCUACAAUUACCUAGCUUAAAACAUAAACAUUCAGUGCUAUCCCAGCUGCUCCAUUACAGUACAUAUGAACUAUAGACACGUAUUAAAAAUGAUGUAAGUACAUAAUAGUAGAUGCAUGGAGAGAAUCAUCAUGUCAGAUUAAUCACACUUUGGUUUGUUUACUGAUGACUAUGUUAUAGGACAUGAGUUAACUUAGAAAUCAAAAUAGAGAGGUACUUGCCUACUAGUAUGAUUUUAACUAAAACAUAACAUUUAAUAUAUUGAUUAAAAUGAUGUGUCAACUAGAAAAUAUUAAUUGAUAAUAAGACUAUCAAUAAUAUAAAACAAAAAAUAUAAAGAAAAAACUAAUACCAAAUUUAUCCAAAACCAUAUAGGAUGAUUUUUAAAUGAGAAAAUAUAUGUAGGAUUAGUUGGUAAUCAAUUUGUGUAUAGCUGAAUUUGAAGGCUGAGCUCAAAUAUAAAAAGCUUGUAGUGUUUGUUAAAGGACCACUAUAGGCACCCAGACCAUUCAGCUUAGUGAAGUGGCCCAGGUGCCAGGUCCAUCUAGGUUUAACCCUGUCUGCUGUAAACAUAGCCGUUUCAGAGAAACUGCUAUGUUUACAAAUGGGUUAAUCCAGCCUCUAGUGGCUGUCUCAUUGACAGCUGCUAGAGGCGCUUCCGAGAAGACGCCAACGUCCAUAGGAAAGCAUUGAGAAUGACGACCGAAGGAGGAGCGUCUUCCUCCAACUUCAGCCCGGCGGGAGGGGGACCCUGAGGGUGGGGCACCCUGCGAGCACUAUAGUGCCAGGGAAACGAGUUUGUUUUCCUGGCACUACAGUGGUCCUUUAAGAGCUGUCAGUAAAACUAAAGCUGGCAAUCCCAGGAGAUACAAGAUAUCGAGUAGAGUAAAUAUGGCAUUGUUAUCAAUGUGUAGUAUACAAUAGUUGCACUUUUUCUUGAGGGAACUAUUAAUUUCAUUGGGCUAAGGUUAUAGACUUUAAAGGAAGGAACUCAGCCUAGGUUAACACUAAUACCAGGUAAGAAGUAAAGUAACUAAGUAGAUUACUAAUAUCCUAGAGUAGUGCUUUUGACUGUCAUGCUAUAGACUACUAAACUGUGCCUUCAAGGGCACCUAUUCUGUGUAAGAUCGCUAUCUGCUAGUCUAAGAUAAGCACCAUUUAGGAAAGGAUAAGUCUUGAACAUGCCCUUCCUUUAUAACUCUGAAAAAACAUCAUAUCCAAAGUCUAAUUGAAAACAAAAAAUCUUAAGGUAGGAAUUCGUAGAUAGUGCAGAGCCCCGACGCGCGUUUCGCCGGUAAGGCGUCUCUUCAAGGGGGAUAAGGCGAUUGUGACAGGUUAAGUAUAUAUAGGGAAAUUCUAACCGAAAUGUGUCCAUUUGAUCCAAUGAGGUAAGUCAAAUUUUAUCAGCAGUUGGUUUGUCCAAUGUGAGACCACAUGGGAAAGGAGAGAGGGGAUAGGGUAAUUUCAAUAUUUGAUUAGUGUGACCAUCCAAUAGGAAUGCAUCAUCUCAAGGUGCUUGUGAAGCUGUAUCUAAUAGAAAUUAUAGUCCAGAUUUUAACCAUGAUUUUUAUUUAUAGUUUAUUGAGAAUUUGAUCAAACUGUGACUGUAUUAUUAGAUGUUCGUUAUCAUAUCAUUGAGAUGGUUGUAAUUAUUUUUACUGUUGAAGUGAAAAUUUAAAAAGUAGACUACAAAAGAAGGAGAAAAAAAAUAGUUGUGAUGUGUAUUAUAAUAAUUAGACUGUAAUUAGUACUGUCAUAGACUUACACUGAUUAACAGUGCCUUGACUGAGCAUAAGAUUCAUUACGUCUUACUAUGCUAUUCAUAAAUUAUGAAUCCCAAUUGCAUAUUGUUUCUCCAUUUAUGCCGUGUUUUUAAUGGACAUCGAAUUCAUGAUUGCGGUAGUGUAAGUCUUCAUAAUGGUAUACAGCAAUCGUGUCUCAAUAGUUGUACAUAGCAAACAUAUUGUCCAUAAUCAUUCACAAUAAUCAUAUCUUUUAUGAUGAUGCACUGUAAUCCUAUCACUGUAAUAUAAUUAUUAAAAGUAGAUUAAAAGAGGAAAAGAAAAAGAAAGAUAAUUACUGUGAUAACUAGUUGUAAUUUGGUAUAAUGAAUAAGAUUGUAGUUAAUACUGACAUAUGGUUGUACUGCUUAGUCCUACUUUGGAUAGGCAUAAAAUUCAUUAUGUAUUGUAGUGUUUUUCUUGUGAUCGCAGUAAUUGGUAGAUCUUAGUUGCAUGUGUUUCUCUGUGUUAUUAGUGUCUUAAAUGGACAAAAUAAUAGAAUUAUUUUUUUAAGCUGCAUGGUUAUCAAGCUAACGGUAGUCCAAAUCUCCAUAAUGGUACAAAGCAAUCAUAUGCUUGUACAUAGCAAUCAUAUGUCCAUAAUACUGCACGGCAGUCAUAUCGUUUUGAUGAUACGCUGUAAUACUGUUACUGUGGUGGUAUACUGUAGUGUUAUCUACUCAUCAACAGUAAUACUUUUACUCAAUAUAUAAAAUGUUAUGUUUUAGUCAAAAUCAUUCUAGUAUUCUGUUACCUUUUACUAAGGGAUACCCCCUUUCUCUUGCCUCUCCCCAUUAAAAUAUGCCUUUUGGACUAUUGUUUAUAUAAUUUCCAUACAUUUUGCCUGAAAAUCAUUUGUUGAUUUUACCUAGAUUUGUGAACUGCUUCCUUUAGUUCUAUGUGAUAAACCAUCAGAUAAUGUCCCUAUAAUAAGUAUGUUUUAUAGUAACUUUAUCUGCUCUUUUACAGACGCCGAUCCAAAUGGAGAUAAUAAUCCAACAAAUGCAUUCCCCAAGUCAUAUCCUGCUACUACCACACAAAAUCCAAAGUCCUAUAACGCUAGGGAUCCACAGGAUAGGCCUGGAUCUCAGCCGCCUAAAGGUACACAUAAAUGAAUGUCUGUCAGUAUAGUGGAAAUUAGGAAUGUGCUCAACAGAGAAUGUUCUGCUCGUGAACAGUUAUGCAAUAAAGAAUCAUGCACAGCAUGAAGUGUACCAUUUAUAUAGCUCCAAAUGUUUCAAAUGGACAAAGAGGAACACUUCAGUUUUAUGGAUGUGAGUAGGGGGUGUGCAGGGGUGGGAGUGUUCUUAAAAAAUUUAGGUUGACUUACUAAUAACAAUUUAUGCAACUAAGAUAUAAUUUACAAGAACAAUGUAUUUUUUUUUUUACACAGACUGAUUUCUAAACACAUUUAUUGUAGUUUAAAUACACAUUACUGUGAGUAUUAUUGCUGUGGAGCUCCAAGAAAAGAUGGACAUUGGGAUAGGAAAGAAGGACAGAGGGACAUAGGGCAUGUGUUGUGUUUUUGUAGAUAUAGCUGAAUUGUGUAAUGGUGCAUAGAGGGCUAUAUGCAGUGUGUCCCUCCUUACCCCACCAUUCCACAUUGCUGCACUGGUCCUCCAUUGGCUUGCUGGAAAGAUCAUUUACUCUUCCCUUUCAGCCCCAGCUGAUGACCAUCACAUCCUACCAGACAUUUGCCCAGUCUGCCUAAUGGCCUACUGGGUCUGCAUACAUACACACAAGCAUAUACUCCUAAUACUAAGAUUUUUUUCCUUUUCUUUUUUUCUUUUUCAGGUUCUAACAUUGUCAUUCCAGUGGGUAUAUCAGUUGGCAUAGUAAUUGUAGUUGGCUUGGUAAUUUCUGGUGUUAUAAUCUGGAAGAAAAAAUGUUGUAAAAAGUCUCAGGAGCCAUUCUAUGAACAGGCAGACAAAACAACCUUAGCAACACAAGAAAGUAAGCUUGUAGUACUGUGUAUCCUCUUAAUACAAUAAGUAUUUUAAUACGCUAUUUGUCAAUAAUAUAUUCAUCUAAGGCAAGAAAAAAAUCUUCAAAUUACUUGCAAAUUUAAACCACUGAUACUUAGUAAAUAAAUUGAAUAAAUGAAUGAAUGUAACGUAUCAGACAAAAUGCUAUGUUUUCAGCUGCAGGGUUAAAACUAGAGGGACCUGGCACCCAGUGCACUUCAUUGAGCCGAAGUGGUCUGGGUGCCUAUUAUGGUCCUUUAAGGACUAAGUAAAUGUUAAACAUAAAUGUAAAGUAAAUAGUCAAACCGUUUAAGAACCGUUUGACAACUAACCUGAGGUCUGCUGGGAUAUGAGGCUGUAGUAGGGCAUAGGAGUAGUGGUGUGUGUGAGUGGUGCAGUGUGUGUGUGAAAGGUUCAUUGUGUGGGGGGGGGGGUGUAGUCAGGGCCGUCUUUAACAUUGAUUGGACACUGGGCAGGCAUUUGUUUGGGCCCCCUGGAUCCUGCCAUCCCUCUUAGUGCAAGAGCAGAGAAAAGAUAGAUCCUCAUCUGUUGUACAAUUCCAACGAUGCUAUGCCAGCUGGGGAUCUACCAUUUGUCCAUUUUUGCAGGGCUGUAUUUGUGAGCAGUGUUUGUGCAUUUGAAUGUGAGCAUGUUGUUGUAUACAGUAUAUGUGUGCAUGUAGGGUGUAGUAUUGGUGUUUAAGUGUAGGGAUGUGUUUCCAUAUACUUUUUGAGUUUGAAUUCAGGGGUGUGUUUGUAUGUAAUGUUUGCAGGGGUGUGGUUGCAUGUUGUGUUUGAUUGCCGUGAUGUAUGAAUGUCAACAUUCACAGAUAUACAUACACAUUAGCACACUGAUACAUGCACACAUCUGGACACACUGACAAAGACUGGCGUAUACACACACAGCCACAUACAUAAAUACACGUGCACACACAGAGAUAAAAACACUGGCACAUCCACACACAGAGAUACACACUUACACACACUGACACAGAUAUAUACACAAAUACAUAUGUAUUUGUGUGCAGUGUUGGCGUAGGAAUGCUGGGAUGUAUGCAUUGUCACACAGAUGCACUCUCACACAAACAGUGAUACACACAGGAACACAGAUACACAUGCAGUGGUGUAUUUGUGUGCAUUAUUAAUGUUGGAAUGCAGGGUUGUAUUUGUGUGCAAUGUUAGAUGGGAUGUAUGCAUUGCCACACCCACAGAUACACACUUACACAUACUGACACUCAUACACACACAGGUACAUAUACACAGACAAGCAGGUACACAUACAAACUGACACAUAGGUAUACAUACACACAGAUACACAUAAACACUGACACAAAGGUACAUGUACACUGACACAAACACAGCCAUAUAAACACACACUGACACAAACAGCCAGAUACACACUGACACACACAGCCAGAUACACACUUACACACACACAGUCAGAUACAGACACACACACACAGUCAGACAGAAACACAGCCAGAUACAAUCACAGCCAGCCAGAUACACACACACACACAGUGAGAUAUACACACACACACACACACACAGUCAGAUACACACACACACAGUCAGAUACACACACAUACAGCCAGAUACACACACAGUCAGAUACACACACAGUCAGAUACACACACACACACAGUCAGAUACACACACAUACAUACAGCCAGAUACACACACAUACAACCAGAUACACAUACACACAUACAACCAGAUACACAUACACACAUACAGCCAGAUACACACACAGCCAGCCAGAUACACAUACACACAUACAGCCAGAUACACACACAGUCAGAUACACACACAUACAUACAGCCAGAUACACACAUACAACCAGAUACACAUACACACAUACAGCCAGAUACACACACAUACAGCCAGAUACACACACAUACAGCCAGAUACACACACAGUCAGAUACACACACAGCCAGAUACACACACAGCCAGAUACACACACAGUCAGAUACACACACAGUCAGAUACACACACAGUCAGAUACACACACAGUCAGAUACACACAUACAGCCAGAUACACACAUACAGCCAGAUACACACAUACAGCCAGAUACACAUACACACAUAGAGCCAGAUAUACACACACACUGACACAAACACACACACACAGAGUCAUAUGAAUUCACAUAGUUUAGCCACCCUCCUUACCUUUACAGAAGUGUGGCUUCCCUGUGGUCCAGUGGGAGCUGGAUGGCUGAGAUUGAUGGGAGUCUUCUUCUUGGUCUGUACCUCCUCCUGCUCUCCAUGUAUGCCUCCUCCUCCCCAGCGGCACUCUGUUAAUUGGGAGGAAGUGACCUCACAACACUUCCUCCCAGCAGGCAUACAGACAGGGGCCGGUGUGCAGCUCUCUUAAAGGGCCGGGGCCCAUGAUUACAUCACCUGCUGCAGCCCACCGGGAUAUUUCUCAGUAUCCCAGUGGGCUGUUCAGACCUGGCUGUGGGCAGGGGACCCACAGGGCAGCUGCUUUGGGCCCCCCAGGAGCAACUGGGCCCGGGGCAGCUGCCCUGUUUGCCCCUUGUUAAAGACGGCCCUGCACACACCAUACACAUUCACACACUGCCCCCAUACACACCAUACACAUUUACACACAUUGCCUCACACACACACACACAUACACUGCCCACCCAUAUACACACAGACCCCCAUACACAGCCCCCCAUACUAACAUUGCCACACACAUACACUGCCCACACACUCUACACAUUCACACACUACACCCCCACACACACACUGAACCUUUCACACACAUUGCACCACUGCUCCUAUUCCCUACUACAGCCUCAUAUCCCAGCAGACCCCAGGUAAGUUGUCAAACUGUUCUUAAACGGUUUGACUACUUACUCUGGAGCAGUAGUGGUUAUUGUGCAUGGAUUAUUUCUUUAAAUAAUCUACAAGUGCCCCAGUAGCCAGCCAGCCAACCCACAGGCUGGCCAGUAGCCAGCCCACAGGCCAGUAGCCAGCCCACAGGCCAGUAGCCAGCCCACAGGCCAGUAGCCAGCCCACAGGCCAGUAGCCAGCCCACAGGCCUACAGCAAGCCACAGGCUUACAGCCAGCAAGCCAUAGCCUGCCAGCCGCAGUCAGCAAGCCCACAGCCUGCCGGCAGUAGCCAGCAAGCCCACAGCCUGCCGGCAGUAGCCAGCAAGCCCACAGACUGCCAGCCAGCAACAGUAAUUAAGGUAAGAGGAGCCAACUUGGCUUAGGUAUCAGCGAGCUAUGUUGUGUUGCUAUAUUGUGAAUAGGAACCAGAGUGUUGGAGAGACCACCCUCCAGGCCCCAUUAGACUCUAGCCUCUGCUAGAAAUCCCCUCCAUGGCCCAUUAGCCUCAAUUGUAGUUUCUACUGGGGCCUGGAGGCGACUGUUUCCAGCAGGGGAUAUCUAAUGGACGCUGAGAUGGCCUCUGUUAGAAAGACCCCCUUCCAAGCCUUUUAGACUCCAUUGUAGUCUCUAAUGGGGCUUGGAGGGGAUUCUUUCUAACACACUCUCUAAAGGACACUGAGAUAGCCUCCGCUAGAAAGACCCCCCUCCAUGGCCCAUUAGCCCUCAAUUGUAGUCUCUACUGGGGCCUCGAAGGGCUUAUUGCCCUUUUGUUCCUUGUGUCUAAAGAUUGUGUACGGUGUGGCUGGAGGCGGGACAAGGGUGGCGCUUGCUGCAGAGUAUGGGUGGGGCCUGUAAGGGGGCCCUUGAUUUAUUUUGCCCGGGGGCCCUGAGGGUUCUCAGUCCGCCCCUGGCAUUGUUGUGUCUCGUUGGAGGAUUAGGUUAAAGAGCUCUUGCAGUGUGGAGUGGAGGUCUUCCCCCUCAGCCUCAGGUAGAGCUUUAACCCUUAGGUUGUUACGGCGCCCUCUAUUGUCCAGGUCGUCUAGUGCUCUGUACAUAGCAGCCAUUUGUGUGUUAUGAGCUGUCACUGUACUUUGCAGGGCUUGUAGUUGUGUGCAUGUGCAGUCAUGUUCGUUUUCUAGGGAGUUAACCCUGUCACUGACCUGUUUUACUUCUGUGGAGAUGUCAUCCAUCUUCUUUUGAAAGGACACUUCAAGUUUCUGUAGCAUAGCAGCCAGGUCCUGCUUGGAGGGGAGAUUCCUGAGUAGGGCUUUCAGAUCUUUGUCCCGAUCAAUGUCCGACGUGAGAGAGAUGCUGUCUGAUGCCGCCGGGCUGGAGGGCCCUGAGGAGUGCUCCGCCGGGUCGUCCGGCGCCAUAUUGGAGCCUGUGGCCUCAUUUCGCCGGUCGCCCUGAUCCUUGAAAAAUUUGGUAAGGUUGCUGGUUUUCGCCGCGGAGUGUUUGCCCGCCGUGUUAGGAGCAGUGGAGAGGCGUUUGGGGUGUCCCAUGUUGUGGUAGGUGCCCGAUGGAUGCGGAUUGCCCUGAGUCUCUUUCGGAGCUCUGCUAGCAAGCGUCCAUUCGCGCUCGCGGUUAGCUCCGCCCCUCUAGAGAAUGUUUUUUAUCCUGAUUUAUUCAUUACUUGGCCUUGUCAAUGGACAUACUAGACAGUAAGAGCAUCUUUUGAAUCCUCGUGAUUCCAAAUGCAAGAGGUUAUAUUUUAAACAAAUGUGAGCACUGACAGGAUUAUUUGCUAAAGACUGAAUGCCCCUGGGUCCGGAUUUGAAAAACUUUUCACGAUCUGUCUCGGGGCAAUCAGACUGCAAAAUCCGAACUUUGUUCACACUAUUUAACAAUGUCCAGAUUUUGUAGCACUGGCUCCAAAUGAGCCAGAAUAUUGCUCAGAUUUCAAAUUGUGCUGACCUGAAGGACACUUUACUGGUUCAUCGGUCAGAAUCACACUUAGUACAUGUGAAGCAUACUUUUUUAUAUGCACAUAUUUAAAUAUCACCAAAAUACGGUCAUAAUUCUAUGUUGUCUCUCCUCAGUCUGCUGCAGUACCACACGGUGCCACCACCUUUCUGUGGUGCUGUUGUAGAUUGCUGCACCCAAGCUGAAGAGGUCAGACUCUCUUCCCAGCUGGCUUUGCCUACUUAAAGGAUCUGCUGCUAAUGUCUCGUUGCCAGAUACCACAGGACACGCUCAGAGGUCUUGAUGCAUCAGAGCUGUUUUGGCAGCAUGAAGGGAAUCCUACUUGAUAUUAGACAUGGGGUUUCAAUGUUGUGGCUGAUCAGUGUAUAUAUGUAUAUAUAAAUAUAAAAAUUUUUUUUAUCUUGCGUUGUGUUGUUGAAGGAUCUUUUAUUUUAAAGAUGAGCAUUUUCAAGGGAUAAGGAUGAGAAUAUCUUGAAGUUCAAUUUGAACGCAAUUUGGCACUCGAUAAACAUCUGCAUUCCUACACAUUUCAUGGGAUUUAGAUUUAUUUUUAGCUGCACAGAAUUGAGAGAAUGUGCAAACUUCGCAUUGUCUCCACAUUUGCAUCUGGAUUGCAUUUAAUGAGCACCUGAAUUUGAUUUUCUUUACCAAAUCAGGUAUUAUAUCCAACGUGUACAUUCAGUCCCCCAUGUGCGAACUUUCAACUGUUUUGCUCUUCUCCUCUUUGUUAACGUAUAAUACUGUUGGUACUGCAAUCUGA